AUGGCGCCCUGUCCCGUGUGUCGCGAAAAAUUUUCCGCGUUAUCGCGUAAGUUUAAAGUCGACGAACAGUGCGAAGAGAAGUUGUGCGCGUUUAUAGUGAAAUCGUGUCCGUGUAAGACGUCGUUCAAAUUGAGCGAACAUCGAGAGCACGUGGCUAAAUGCGAGGCGCACAAAGAGUUUCGCGAUGCGGCAGCCAAGGCGGUGGAAGAGGCAAAGAGGAGAGAAGAGGAAAGGAAAAAGUCAGCGGCGGUAGCGGCGGCGACGUCCACGCAAAAUUCGACGAACAGAGGAGGAUCGGGGACGAACGUUUCGUACGCGUGUCCGUUGUGCGAGGACGGUUUCAGACACACGUUUACGUCCGUCGAAGGUUUCACGAGGCACGUCAUAACUGAGCACGGUACGUCGAGAUCUUCCGCCGUGUGUCCGAUAUGCGCCGCGAUGCCUUGGGGACGCCCGGACUACGUCUGUCAAAACAUCGUCGCGCACGUGUCGUUACGACACCGAUUCGCGUACGAGGAUUUUACGGCCAACGUCGAGGAGGAAGAGAGGGAUUUCCAGCACGCGCUGGAUAUGAGCGCGGCGAUUGAGUUGGGUAACGAGAGUCCAAUUGCGACAUCGAGCGACGACGACGAGGAAGGAGAAGAGGAGGAAGAAGAUUCCGUCACGUUUUACGCGCGAGUGCGCUCGUUUUAA